AUGUCAUAUGGGAAACUGUCAAAUUUUCCAAAAAGUUGUCCUAUUGCAGUAAUCAGUAAAAAUUUAAUUAUUUUUGCAAUUAACAGCAAAUUUGUCAAGCUGGCAUCGAGAAAAUUAUUAUUUGUGUCCUUCCACAGUUUCUCGCCAACUUUGUGCAACCGGGCCAGCCAUUUUAGCAACAGAAGAGGUAUCGCCUCAAUGGGGUCUCCACUACACCGGGCGCCGCGGCAGCCCCCCGGCGCUGGGGGCGGGGGCGCGGGUACCACGGCCAGGACCGCUGUCACCCCAACGGAGCCCAUGGUGAAGAGAUAUGACAACAUUGUCAAGAGUCAGGAGGAUAAGAGGGAGUAUCGAGGUCUGGAGCUGUCCAACCGGCUGAAGGUGCUCCUCAUCAGCGACCCCAAGACCGACAAGUCUGCUGCCGCCAUGGACGUCAAUAUUGGUUACCUGAGUGACCCUGAGGAGCUGCCGGGGCUGGCGCACUUCUGUGAACACAUGCUGUUCCUCGGCACCAAAAAAUACCCAGAGGAGAACGAAUACAACAAGUUCCUCUCGGAACACGGCGGCUCGUCCAACGCGUCCACGUCCAGCGACCACACCACCUACUACUUCGACGUCAUGCCCGACCACCUGCCCAUGGCCCUCGACAUUUUCGCACAAUUCUUCAUCGCGCCCCUCUUCACGGAAUCAGCCACGGAGCGAGAGAUCAACGCCGUCAACUCCGAACACGAGAAGAAUACCUCUAGCGACACCUGGCGGCUGGACCAGCUUAAUAAGAGCUCUGCGAGUAAAGAACACCCGUAUCAUAAGUUUGGGACAGGCAACAAAGACACCCUGGACCGGAUCCCCAAGGAGAAAGGCAUCGACGUGCGCGCCGAGCUCCUGAAGUUCCACGGCGCGUGGUACUCCGCGGAUAUCAUGACACUAGCCGUUUGUGGAAAAGAAUCCCUCGACGAGCUAGAAGCGCUAGUCACCCCCCUAUUCUCAGCUAUAGAAGAGAAGGGGGUGACCGCCCCAACAUGGCCCGAAGCGCCAUUCCCACCGGAGUUGCGCAAAAAGCGAGCUUAUUGCAUGCCCGUUAAGGACUUGAGGUCGCUGUCGAUUGAUUUCCCUGUGCCGGAUUCGACGGCGCAUUAUAAGAGUGCUCCGGGCCACUACCUGUCCCACCUGCUGGGCCACGAGGGCCCCGGCAGCCUGCUCGCCGCGCUCAAGGCCAGGGGAUGGUGCAACAGUCUAGUAGGCGGCACGCGUAUAGGCGCCCGAGGCUUCGGGUUCUUCGGAGUACAAGUGGACCUCACUGAGGACGGCAUCGAGCAUAUUGACGACAUCAUCGAGUUGGUGUUCCAGUACAUAUCCCUCCUCCGCUCCGAAGGCCCGGUGCGCUGGGUGUGGGAGGAGCAGCGGGACCUCGCCUCCACGGAGUUCCGGUUCAAAGACACUCAGGAGCCCCGCAGUCUGGUCACCUCGCAUGUUCACCUUAUACAGCAAUUCCCCAUGGAGGACGUGCUCAGCGCGUACUACAUAAUGUCGGAGUGGAGGCCCGACCUCAUUGAGGAGCUACUCAAUCUGCUCACCCCGGAGAAUGUCAGAGUGGGGAUCGUGGCCAAAGCCUUUGCCGACAAAUGCACGAUGGUGGAGCCGUGGUACGGGACCAAGUAUCUACAGGAAGACAUUGAUGAGGCAACUAUUCAGAAAUGGAAGAACACUAAGCACUCUGAAGAAUUACACCUGCCGCCUCCCAACGAGUACAUACCGGCCAACCUGGACAUCGACCCCAGCAAGGACCCGACACAAGACUCAGUGGCUCCGUGCAUAGUGCGAGACUCGGCGCUGCUGCGGCUGUGGUACAAGCGCGACCACGAGUUCCUGUUGCCUAAAGCUGUGGCCACUUUUGACUUCAUCAGUCCCCUGGCGUACUCGGAGCCGCUGUCGUGCGGGCUGGCCUCGCUCUGGGUGCUGCUGCUGAGGGAUAAGCUGCAACAGGGCGGCUAUGCGGCUGAGUUGGCCGGCCUGCGGGGAUCUGUUGGCAACGCCAAAUACGGACUCAGUGUGACCAUAGACGGAUACGACGACAAACAACACAUACUCUUGGACAAGAUUAUCGACGAAUUAGUCAACUUCAAGUGCGACCCGAAAAGGUUCGAAAUAAUGAAAGAGAACCACAUCCGAGCCAUCAAGAACUUCGACGCGGAACAGCCGUACCAACACGCCGUGUACCAGCAGGCGCUGUGUCUGAGCGAGCUGGCGUGGACCAAGGGACAGCUUCUAGAAGCCGCCGAAGCAAUGACCCCGGAGAUGCUGAACGACUUCGCGCACCGCUUCAUGAGGAAGGUGCACGUGGAGGGGCUGAUCUACGGCAACGUGUCCCGCGAGAGGGCGCUCCGCAUUGCCACACGCCUGGAAGAGAAAUUACCAAAAGAUGCGAUGCCAUUGUUGGCUCAACAGUUGCUACUCCAUCGCGAUGUCGAGUUAGAUAAAGGCUCAUCCUACCUGCGCAUAGUGAACAACUCAGUCCACAAAUCCUCUUGCGCAUCUCUAUACUACGCGUGCGGGGGGCGCGCGCCGCGCGAGCACGCCGCGCUCGAGCUGUGCGCGCAGCUCCUGGCCGAGCCCGCCUUCACGCAGCUACGGACUAAGGAGCAACUCGGCUACAUAGUGUUCAGCGGCGUGCGGCGCUCCAACGGCACGCAGGGGCUGCGCCUCAUCGUGCAGGGGGACCGCCACUCCGAGUACUUGGAGGAGAGGAUAGAGGCCUUCUUGCACUCUAUGGAGGCCUACAUAAGAGACAUGCCCGAAGAGGAGUUCAUCAAGCACCGCUCGUCGCUCGCGGCGCAGAAGCUGGAGCGGCCCAAGCGCAUGUCCAGCGCCGCCAGCCAGCUGUGGAGCGAGAUCACCACGCAGUUGUACAACUUCGACCGUGCGCGUGUCGAGGUUGAGCAGCUGCAGACUAUCAGCAAGGAAGAACUGUUGGAGUUCUUUAUGCGUCACAUAAGCGCGGACUCUGACAGCCGGCGCAAGUUGUCAGUGCGCGUGGUGGCCACCGCAGGUGCCGACCCCGAGCCGAAGGAGGCCACGGAGAAGGAGGAGAAAGCACGGCCUACCCUCAUCACAGACCUGGUCGAGUUCAAGAAUCGUCGCUCUCUGCACCCGCACCCGGCGCCCCACACCAACAUACCGCGCAAAGGAGCGCACUGCAAGCUGUGAGCGACCGGGUUCCGGCACGCUGGUUUAGGUUAAUCAACGGUUAACCUCUAAAGACACAUACAAUCGCGAGCUAUGAUAUAAUUUCCACUGGUAUAGUAUAGGGGACAUAACUUCAUUAUUACGUUUCCCAGAAUAUACACCCUAGGUUAUUGACGUUGAUAAACUUGUUUAAUGAGCGUUCCGCCAAUCAAAAGCCGUAUUUAUGGCGAAUCGCGAUAUAUGAACGUUUAUUUAUGUCAAUAUCAAUGGGGCCUUACCAUCAAAGCUUUAUAGACAUGCUAAAUGCUGCCUAGAUCUAGAUUCUUGGCUCCACUUUUAUACCUAUUUCCGGAGUUAAAGAGUUUCUAGUGUUAAAGUACAGUUUAAUUCAUGAUUAUAAAGCUAUUCGGAAACUGGCAAAGGUGUAAAACAUGCAAAAAAUUCUUUUGAAAAUGACAUUUAAUAAAAG